AUGUACCUGGAGAAGGAGCAAAGGUCAACAUCUGGAUUCCUGUCAGAGGUACAUCACAACAAGAGGGGUACCAUUUCCACCAGGCCCAGUGGAUCACUGGAACCCAUGCCUCCACUGAACUGUUUCAGGCCACAGUUAAACAGCUCUUACAAGAGAGUGACUGGACAGGAGAAAUAUCCCACUCUCAGAGUCUCUGGCAGGGACACCGGCGAAAGAUUUGGACUUGAGUACAUAGAGCCAGGCUGCCGGCCGGUCCCUCUUGACUGGGACAAACACAGGACUCAGAAGAGAGGUGAAUCAUCUGCUCCAUUCCUGCUUCCUGUGCAUUCAUCCAUCCCGGCUCAAGAUCCAACUCCAGCGUCAACCUCCAACUUGGGUUCAGCUCCAUCUGUCAGCCCUCUACUCUCUGCUGGUGACCUCCUGAAAGAUGUCCAGGAAUUUCUAGCCACACCAGAUCUUUCGUGUGCUCCACCUGUGCCUCUGAGAGCCUACCCAAGUGGCGCCCGCGUCGGACCCAUAAAAACAGGUGGGCGGGUCUUUGUGUUGGAUCACACACGCUGGACACCGCCCAUGAAAGAGGCCAUUGAUGACCUGCUGCAGAAGCACCGUGGGGACAAGGAGAUGCUGAAGCUUGUGGAUCAGGAAUACGCAGCCAUUGUUCAUCGAGCUGCUGCUGCUGAUCCAAACAGCCUUCUGCAUCCGACCACCAGACUGCACAUCUCCCGCUACGUGAAGCACCUGGUGAAACUGCUCAACACCAGUUCUUCUUUGAACAUAAGCCCAGAGAAACUGAGGGAUACGCAACCACUGUGGCACUCUUUAACAGAUGGGAGUGAGUCAUCCCAUGUUCCUGUGGUCACCGUUGAGCCAGCUACUUUCAACCCUCCUGCACCUGCUUUGUCCUCACCUCUGACUCAACACUCUCUGGAAAAAAUCCCAAAGUCUCGAUAUGAAACUGAUGGAUCCUCGAUCCACUUUUUCUAUCAACAGGGGCCUGUGCGGUAUUUUUACUGCUCACAAAAGGUGCACCAGAGCUAUGCUGCUGAAGGACUCUCUAACCCUAAAAUGUCCUUUGAGGACUUUUCAACCACUGACUUUUUUCAGAGAGAACUGGAUGCAACCAAGACGCGAAUGGUCAAAGAGAUGAGCUGGAAGGAGUUCAGUAAGUCUCCUUUCUACGAGGCGGAAAAACAAAGAUGGGUGGAGGAAAAGAACAAAUGA